AUGUCAUGGCAAAGCUGUAGUAUUAGUGAAACAGAACUGGCGAAAUUGCUUCACUGCUACAAGUUUUCAAUUCGACAAAAAAUCCUGCCAAAGCAACCAUUCACAUCGGAUGGGCACAUCAACAAGCCGUACUUCAACUACGAAAUGAGAAAAACCGAAGGAGUGAGGGCAAAGAUGUCAUUCUGGGUAUUGAAUCUGCUAUGCCUCCUCCAAUUACCAACAAUGGCAUUAUCAAAAAAUGUCGAAUCAAGUGACAGUUACGAUCUUGAUGACAUUCGGUUCUGGAACAGUAUCGGUAAAAGAAAUAUUGAGAAGAAGUUGCAACUGAACCCUCAUCUUCUAAAAGUGAAACCACCGAAGAAUGUUAUUCUGUUCGUUGGCGACGGGAUGGGCAUAUCAACGGUGACUAGCGCCAGAAUCAACAAGAACCAGAAGGCCGGACUCCAUUAUCUAAACACACCACUGUAUUUUGAGAAGUUCCAAAACAGUGGAUUGGUAAAGACGAGCUCUUUUGACCACCAUGUCACGGACUCAGCUGCUGGUGCUACGGCUCUUUUUACGGGAAGAAAGGUGAACACAAAGACACUGGGGACUUUGCCGAGUGCGAAAGAGGGCUGUCCCAAUUCGACCAGCACCGAUAUUGUGGAUGGGAUAGCGGAAGGAGUCCUUCAGAAAGAUUUGUCGAUGGGCUUCGUGACUACAACUCGAAUCACACAUGCUACUCCAGCGGCCCUCUACGCCAAGGCAAGCCAUCAGGCGUUCAGCGCUUGGCCGAAAACCUCACUGAAAGGCGUCGAACGAGAUGCGGAAUACGACGAAGCUGAAGUGCGUUGUGCAAGGGAUAUUGCUAAGCAGCUGCUCUCUUACCCGGCCUCCGAGUUCAAGGUCCUGAUGGGUGGAGGAAGCAGUUACCUGAUGGACAAAUCUCGAAAUGGAUCACGAGGGGACGGAAUUAAUAUCGACCUUGAAUGGUUGCGUCUCGGUGGAAGCAGGAAGGUUUUGAGAACGCCAUCGGACCUCAAUCAAGUUGAUGCGGCCAACGUUGACAAGCUGCUUGGUAUCUUUUCGGAUUCCCAGUUUCCCUAUCACCUGAGUGAGAAAUUGGGAAACAAAAAAACCGUGCCGAGACUUCACGAAAUGACAAAAAAAGCCAUCGAAGUGCUCCAAAAAGAUAAUGAGGGAUUCUUUUUAGUGGUGGAAGGAGGGCUGAUUGAUAUCGCUGAGCACGAAAACUUCAUGCAUGUGGCGUUUUCGGAAUUGUACGAAUUCGAAGAAGCGGUUCAAGUGGCCCAUGAGAUAACCAAUCCGAAUGAAACAUUGAUCAUUGUCACAGCUGAUCAUGGCCAUGCCCUCACACUUCCAGGAUAUCUUCAAACCAAACAAUCCCUUUUCGAGAGUACUCGAGUAGAGCAACCUGAGGGAAACACUGUCGAUAAAGGGGAACAUUGGUUGCCUGCCCUGUUCUUCGCUUCUGGACCGGGAUACAGAAAUGGUUUCAAGGAUCACAGCAGUGCUGACACAGAACGACCAUUCUACCGACAUCCAACAGCAGUGCCAUCGCAACACGGGUACCAUGGAGGAGAGGACGUUGGAGUUUGGGCUGAUGGACCAUUUUCAGAGCAAGUAUUUUCGGUUUUAUUCAGUCUUAUUUCAAUUAGGACACUUUUGGAAAGCGACCCACAUAGGGUUGGCAUGUGGUUUCCAUUAGUUUGA